CCUCCACGCAGACAUUUUUCUAGAUAUAUUUUCUGUACACUAAUUCCUACAACACAAUGGGCGUCGUUCUCGGUUGCAUGUCGAGCCAGUUUCUCUCGUGCAUGGCGUCGCUCGGGUGCUCGUGCGCGUGCGCAGCCUGCAAGGGCCUCAGGCCCUCGGGCUCCAUCGGCACGCGUCUGUCGUACGCCGGCAUGUUCCUUGUGAAUUCGUCGAUUGCCUACGCAAUGACCACAAGCUGGGGCAUCGACCUGGUGAAGAAGAUCUCGUGGGGCUUCAUAUCGUUAAAGUGUCCCGAGGGGGUGUGCUACGGGACGCUGGCGGUGCACCGCAUGUGCUUUACGCUGAGCCUGUGGCACAUAGUGCUGGGAUUUCUGACGUAUGGCGUCACCGACAGCAGGAACCCACGGGCAAAGGUGCAAAACGGGCUGUGGUUUGUCAAGAUAUUCGGGUACCUGGUGCUGGCGGUGCUGUCGUUUGUGAUUCCGAGCGGGUUCUUUGAGUUCUACAGCAAGUACAUUGCCAUGGCGGGGGCGGCUGUGUUUCUGCUGGUACAGUUGGUGCUGCUCGUGGACUUUGCGUACAACCUGGCAGAAGGCUGCAUUGAGCGGUGGGAGGACACGGGCCGCCCGCUGUGGAAGUACCUGCUGGUGGGCGGCACAUGCGCAUUCUACAUUGCGUUUGCGGCAAUGACGGUCGUGGACUAUGUGUUUUUCGCAGACCGCGGGUGCGGGCGCAACCAGUUCUUCAUCACCAUCAACAUGGUGCUCUGCAUCCUGGUCUCGGUGGCCGCAGUGCACCCGCUGGUGCAGGAGGCGAACGUGCGCUCAGGCCUGGCCCAGGCCGGGAUGGUGACAGCGUAUGCCAGCUACCUGGUCACCAGCGCGCUGGCGGGGUCGCCAGCCGGCGACGUCAGCAACGGCGAGCCCGAGUGCAACCCGCUGGCCAAGGCAGCAAGCGCACGGGCCACCAUGGCCAUUGUGGGGGCGUUUUUCACAAUCGGCGCAAUCUGCUACAGCACGACCAAUGCGGCGACCAAGGGCAACACGCUGAUCCGCAACAACAGCGGGUACGAGCCGCUGGCUAACGACGAGGACGUGCCGAUGACCCACCAGACGAAUGCGCAGCUGCGCGCCAAUGCCCUGCGCGAUGCGGUUGCCAGCGGCGCGCUGCCCGAGUCGGCGCUCGACGCGCAGGACGAGGACGAGCAGGACGACGAGAGAUCGGGCGUGCAGUACAACUACACGUUCUUCCACGUGAUCUUUUGCCUGGCGUCCAUGUACGCUGCCAUGCUGCUGACCAACUGGAACAGCAUCGACUCCAAGGACAAGGUCAUUAUCAUCGGCCGCAGCACCACCGCCGUCUGGGUCAAGAUCAUCACCAGCUGGCUCUGCAUGCUGCUCUACUCGUGGACGCUGAUCGGCCCGGUGGUUCUGCCGGACCGCGAGUGGGCGUAGAGUUUACAUAUGUAUCGUGUUUUACAAAAGAAGAAAAUCUACCGCUAUGCUAGGGA